AUGCCGUUCUCCGGAGAGGAGCGGAGGCUGCAGGGGAUCUACAGGGCGGCGGGACCGGCGGAUGGCAGGGCGACCGACGGGGCGGCUGCCUGCACCGAGGGCUACACCAACCGCUCCUUCGUGUACGACGAUGGCAGCGCCCACAGGCUCUCGUCGCCCGGCGGCUGCGGCGGCGGUGACGGCGGCGGGAGCCGCAAGAGCGGGGUCAUUCUGGACAUCGCCGCCCUGAAGAUGACGGAGCUGGAGUCCGAGGUGCUGCCCCUGCCGCCCCGGUACCGCUUCCGAGAUCUGCUGCUGGGGGACCAGAACUUCCAGAGCGACGACAGGGUGCAAGUCGAGUUCUACGUGAAUGAAAACACCUUCAAGGAGAGGUUGAAGCUCUUCUUCAUCAAAAACCAGAGAUCGAGUCUGAGGAUUCGGCUCUUCAAUUUCUCACUGAAGCUGCUCACCUGUCUCCUCUACAUUGUCCGUGUCCUUCUUGACAACCCAGAGGAGGGCAUAGGCUGCUGGGAAUGUGAAAAGCAGAAUUACACAAUGUUCAACCAGUCCACAAAUAUAAACUGGUCACACAUCUUCUGGGUGGACAGAAAAAUGCCUCUAUGGGCUGUGCAGGUCAGCAUUGCUUUAAUCAGCUUCCUGGAGACCAUGCUGCUCAUCUAUCUCAGCUACAAGGGGAACAUCUGGGAACAGAUUUUUCGCAUUUCGUUCAUCCUUGAGAUGAUCAACACGGUGCCAUUCAUCAUCACAAUAUUCUGGCCUCCCUUGAGGAACUUGUUCAUCCCUGUGUUUCUGAACUGCUGGCUCGCCAAGUACGCCCUGGAGAACAUGAUUAACGACCUGCACAGAGCCAUCCAAAGGACCCAGUCUGCCAUGUUUAACCAGGUGCUCAUUCUCAUCUGCACCCUCCUGUGUCUUGUUUUCACGGGGACCUGUGGCAUCCAGCAUCUAGAGAGAGCAGGUGAGAAGCUCUCCCUCUUCAAGUCCUUCUAUUUCUGCAUUGUCACCUUUUCCACCGUGGGUUAUGGAGAUGUGACACCCAAGAUCUGGCCCUCCCAGCUCCUCGUGGUGAUAAUGAUUUGCGUGGCCCUGGUGGUGCUGCCACUCCAGUUUGAGGAGCUCGUCUACCUCUGGAUGGAGAGGCAGAAAUCAGGAGGCAAUUACAGCCGGCACCGUGCCCAGACAGAGAAACACGUUGUGCUUUGUGUCAGCUCCCUCAAGAUUGAUCUCCUCAUGGAUUUCCUCAAUGAGUUUUAUGCCCACCCACGCCUGCAGGAUUACUACGUGGUGAUCCUUUGCCCAACAGAGAUGGAUAUCCAGGUGCGGCGGGUCCUGCAGAUCCCCCUCUGGUCACAGCGAGUGAUUUACCUCCAGGGCUCAGCACUGAAGGACCAGGACCUCAUGAGAGCCAAGAUGGACAAUGGAGAAGCUUGCUUCAUUCUCAGCAGCAGGAACGAGGUUGAUCGCACGGCAGCGGACCACCAGACCAUCCUGCGAGCCUGGGCUGUGAAAGACUUUGCUCCAAACUGUCCUCUCUACGUUCAGAUCUUGAAGCCUGAGAACAAGUUUCAUGUCAAGUUUGCUGAUCACGUUGUCUGUGAAGAGGAGUGCAAAUAUGCCAUGCUGGCCCUGAACUGUGUCUGCCCUGCUACCUCCACCCUCAUCACCCUGCUGGUGCACACCUCCCGAGGCCAGGAAGGCCAGGAGUCCCCAGAGCAGUGGCAGAGGAUGUACGGGCGCUGCUCGGGGAAUGAGGUUUACCACAUCCGGAUGGGUGACAGCAAAUUCUUCAUGGAAUACGAGGGGAAGAGCUUCACCUACGCUGCCUUUCACGCACACAAAAAGUAUGGCGUCUGCCUGAUCGGCAUCCGGAGGGAGGAGAACAAGAGUAUCCUGCUGAACCCUGGCCCACGGCACAUCAUGGCAGCAUCCGACACCUGCUUCUACAUCAACAUCACCAAGGAGGAGAACUCUGCCUUCAUCUUCAAGCAGGAGGAGAAGCAGAAGAAGAAGGGCUUUGCUGGGAGAGGCAGCUACGAUGGCCCAUCCCGCCUGCCCGUGCACAGCAUCAUCGCCAGCAUGGGUACAGUGGCCAUGGACCUGCAGAACACCGAGUGCCGCCCGGCCAACAGCAGCAAACUGGCGCUGCCGGCAGAGAACGGCUCCGGCAACCGCCGGCCCAGCAUCGCCCCCGUCCUUGAGCUGGCUGACACCUCAUCCCUGCUGCCCUGUGACCUGCUCAGUGACCAGUCAGAAGAUGAAAUGACACAGUCGGACGAGGAGGGGUCAGCAGUUGUGGAGUAUGUGAAGGGCUAUCCCCCCAACUCCCCCUACAUCGGGAGCUCCCCAACUCUCUGCCACCUUCUACCCGAGAAAGCCCCUUUCUGCUGCCUGAGGCUGGACAAGGGCUGCAAGCACAACAGCUUUGAGGAUGCCAAAGCCUACGGGUUCAAGAACAAACUGAUCAUUGUUUCGGCGGAGACGGCGGGGAACGGGCUCUACAACUUCAUUGUCCCCCUUCGUGCCUAUUACCGGUCCCGCAAGGAGCUCAACCCCAUCGUGUUGCUGCUGGACAACAAGCCUGAGCACCACUUUCUGGAAGCCAUCUGUUGCUUCCCCAUGGUUUACUACAUGGAGGGCACCAUCGACAACCUGGACAGCUUGCUGCAGUGUGGCAUCAUCUAUGCUGACAACCUGGUGGUUGUGGAUAAGGAGAGCACGAUGAGCGCCGAAGAGGACUACAUGGCAGAUGCAAAGACAAUUGUCAACGUCCAGACCAUGUUCAGGCUCUUCCCCAGCCUCAGCAUCAUCACAGAGCUGACUCACCCCUCCAACAUGAGGUUCAUGCAGUUCAGAGCCAAGGACAGUUACUCUCUCGCCCUUUCCAAGCUAGAAAAGAAAGAGCGAGAGAAUGGCUCCAACCUGGCCUUCAUGUUCAGGUUGCCCUUUGCAGCUGGGAGGGUCUUCAGCAUCAGCAUGCUGGACACCCUGCUCUACCAGUCAUUUGUGAAGGACUACAUGAUCACCAUCACUCGAUUGCUGCUGGGCCUUGACACCACGCCGGGCUCUGGAUAUCUCUGUGCGAUGAAGAUCACAGAGGAUGACCUGUGGAUCCGGACGUACGGCCGCCUCUUCCAGAAGCUCUGCUCCUCCAGCGCCGAGAUUCCCAUCGGGAUUUACAGGACGGAGUCUCACAUGUUUGCAACCUCUGAGCCCCACGACAUCCGAGCACAGUCACAGAUCUCAAUCAACGUGGAGGACUGCGAGGACACCAAGGACGUCAAGGAGCACUGGGGCAUCAAGACGGGUCACCACAGGAACUCCUGCUCCAGCGAUCAGUCCGAGCACCCUCUGCUGAGGCGCAAGAGCAUGCAGUGGGCACGGCGGCUGAGCCGGAAAGGCAACAAACACUCGGGGAAGACGGCGGAGUGGAUCAGCCAGCAGCGCCUCAGCCUCUACCGCCGCUCCGAGCGCCAGGAGCUCUCUGAGCUGGUCAAGAACCGCAUGAAGCACCUGGGCUUGCCCACUACCGGGUACGAGGAUGUAGCAAAUUUAACAGCCAGUGAUGUGAUGAAUCGGGUAAACCUGGGAUAUUUGCAAGAUGAGAUGAACGACCACCAGAACACGUUGUCCUACGUCCUGAUCAACCCCCCUCCGGACACACGGCUGGAGCUGAACGACAUCGUGUACCUGAUCCGCUCCGACCCGCUGGCCCAUGUGGCCAACGAUGGCCACAGCCGCAAGAGCAGCUGCAGUACCAAGCUGGGCUCCUGCAACCCCGAAACACGGGAUGAGACCCAGCUCUGAGCAGCCCCUCCGGCGCCGCUGGGCUCCAGGGAAAACGAGGACGGCCGGAGGGGACGGGAGGGCUGGUGCCACCCGCUGUGCCCGGGGCCAUGCCCAGCCUGGCAGAAGGGAUGCUGGGACCCCCCCUCCCCGGGAGGGACAGGACAGGACAGGAGAGGGCGGUGGCCCCACGCCCCGUGGCUUUUAACUUUUUCUAUAUCAAUACCGCAACUAGUGAGACUGUGCUGGUGCUGGUGGGACGUGGCUGAGACCCCGGGGGACAAGUCACCCUGAGGUAGUUUGGGGGGGAUGGCAGUGGGAAGGGCCCCGGGUGAUGCAGGUUGGGGUGUUUGAUGGGGCUUGUCAAGCCAAGAGCAAAACUGCACCGAAAAUUUCCUCCUGCUCCUCCUCAGCUGGCAGGCAGCCCCUGGGGUACCCAAACUUCUGCUCUGUCAGCCAGCUCAUGUUCUUCAUCCGCUGGUGGCUUUCUGUGAAGGGCAUUGAUGUGAGGAGAGCUCAGGGCUGUGAUGGGAGAUGGGGAAGGGAGGGACGGGUGGCUGUGGGAGGGACAGGAUGGGGCAGAGCCCUGGCAGGGGUUGUGCUGCCUGCAGUGUGUCUUGGCACCUCCUAAAGUGAUCCCUGCCAAAAGCAGGUGGCAGAAAGCUGUGACAGUCCCGCGGGGACCCUGGAUUUGUGUUCCCUGCUGAGCUCAUCCCCGGUGCUGCUGCUGCCACCGUCGGUGUCCCCAGGGAGGACUCUGUGGUCCCUGUGCCAGGGUUGUGUCAGGGUGCUGGGCAGGAGACACGCAGGGGUGGGUGUUGGGGUUUGGCAGCUCAGCCCCCUCCCUCUGAGGCCAAUUUGGGGUCCAAUUUGCAGCCUCAAGAUGCAGCCUGGAUGUGGCUUCUCCCCCCCUUUCCCCUCUCCUGGGUCACAAACUGGUGACUCCAUUAAAGGCAGCGGGUUCUGCCUAGCUCCUGCAGCCCCCACACCACUCCAUCCACCCCACCCCCCCAUCCAAACCCAUCCCAGUGUCACCCAAGCUGCCCACCCAGCCCCAGCUGCACCCACAGCAACCUGCCCUGAGCAGAAACACCAGAGGGGUUUGCCAUCUCUGUUUGCACACUUUACAUGGAUGUGUGAAGGUUUUAUUUGACUGCCAAGUGAAUAACCAAGUUGUUAACUUUAUAUACUUUUACAUUCAUAUUUUAAAACUUCGAUGUGAUUUUUUUUUUUACUAUUUUUUUUUUUAAUUUUUUUUUUUUUUAAAUGAGAAGCCUGUAAAGCACAACCUGACCCUGAACCCCCAUCAGCCUGCCUGGAUUUGCUGCCAGCUGAAGGGUUUAUUGCCAGUUAUAUUUGCCAUUUGGUUCCCAUUAUUUCCCCCAAUAAAAAUUGAAAAAAAAACCAACAACAACAAAAAAAAUCCCAAACCAAACCCCAAAACUGUUAAAAUGGGAGCUUUAAACAGCUGUUGAGAUGUCCCAGAGCAGCCCCAUGCUGCAGGGACACACUGCCCAUCCUGCCUGAUCCACGGGAGAAGCAGGGACAGGUGAGGAAGGAGGAUGUGGGGGUAGGGCCCGUACAGGAUAUGGCCUUAAGAAGGUGUUGAGAAAGACCUCCUGUGCCUGGAUGGGGUUGGGGGGUCGAUCUAUUUUUAUUUUAUUUGAUUUUUAAUUGCCUUUCUGUCCUGCUGUGCUGACACCAGCCCUGGGGUGACCUGCACCAGGCACAGCAGGGGCUCAGCAGUGAGCCCAGCCUGACCCUUGGAGGGGCUCAAUCAGAACAGUCUGUGAUGCUGUUUGGUUUGUUUGCCCUAUCUGGUUAAGGCAGAAAUAUGGUUUCUUUAUAUCUGUUUGUAACUUAGCAUGCCAAAAAAAAAAAAAAAAAAAAAAAAAAAAUUUAAAAGAAAGAAAGGAAGUGCUUGCAGGCUGAAAGCCAUGAGCAUGGGGUGAGGUGUGGGGGGGUCUGUGGCACUCUAAAGCUGUUCAGAGACCUCCAGAAAUGCCUCAUCAAGCACUAAUAGAUUUAAUUUUCUAGAUUUUAGACAGGUGUUUCCCCUCCCUGCUUAGCUUUCAAGGGAGUGCAGGACUAAGCACUGUUACAGGCUGGAAGUGAGGUGCCAAGUGCCACAGCCCCAGGUGACAGAGCCCCCAGCCCAGGGUCCCUGUGCAGUGACACCAGGACACAUCUCCCUCCUCACUGGGCAUCCUGAACUCUUACCAACCAACCCUUAAUUCCAGGUGUUAAUGAAGGCAAGAGGAAACCCACGUACCAAAAGAAGUAUCGAUGAUACAUGGUUUGUGAUACUAUUGUAAAAAAAAAAAAAA